AUGGGUGCCUCCGGGGUUCCUUUCCACCGCCGCCGCUGCUGCUGCUUCGUCGUCCUCCUCUUCCUGCACGCGUCCUCCAUUCUCUUCAGCCUCGCAAGCGAGGAACCUCAUCUAGGCGCGAGCUGCGGGUCCUUAAGCAUUUGCCACGGGGGCGAGGCAAACAAAAACUGCUGCAAGGCCAUCAAUACCGCCAUCAUGGAGGGCGGCUGCUCCUGCGCCUGUACUAAGCUCUCCAGACUCGCCACACGCGGUCUGAUUGGAAGAUGUGCGGACGCGGGAACGUGUACCAAGUGCCAAAGCUGCCGGCGGGUUUGCGCGUACAUGGAGGGGGCGUAUCUCACAAGCCUGUGA